AUGUCCUCCAGUAAUGUCGAAGAGUCUAUGUCUAUGUUUUUUGAUGAUGAAUUUAAUCCAUCCACUUACAUAGACAAGCUAGUCACUUCAGUCACUCAACAAAAAUCAACAACAACACCAACAACAACAACGACAACGACGCAUGCACCAUCAUCUUACUCCAAACAGUCGCUAACAAAAUUAUCUCACACGAUUAAUCAAUUAAUUACCCAUUUUGACUACUAUGUCAACGAUAUAGCCAACAAUAGUCUACAUGAGAAGCUCGAAAAGUUGCACAAAUCAAGUGCAUUGAUACACACAGGAACGGAAAUAGACCAGAAGAAUGGUGGUGGUUCAGGAGGCUCUUCAAGAUUACAAUACCAUUUGAACAUCCUCGACAAUUCAAUUUUGUCGUUGCAGUCUGAACUUGAAGAGAUCAACAAGAGUAUCGAGUCGAAUGAGAGCAUCAACAAUGAGGCAGUGCAAACGUUGGUGCAAUUGAAAGUUGUCAAACAGAAUCUAGUCACUGUGAUUGAAGUUUUGGAAAUGGUGAUAAACUCUUUGUCCAAAGUGAAUGAGAGUAAACUGAACUACACAGUGGAGGAAUUUCAACUGAUUCUUGAUGAGUUAUUGAGUAGCGUUAAGCUGCAAUUGAAUACUAUUGGAGACAAGUCUAUCCUUCUAGCUCAUAUCGAUAAAUUAGUCAGCUUACAGGAUGUAUUUUCGAGCUUGAACAACUUCAGCCCAGUGUAUAAGCGGUUCACUACAAAGUUGAUCACGGAACGAGAUGAACAUUUGAAACGGUCAAAUACAUGA